GUCGACCACAGAACCGAGGUUGAUUCACUAGCAUUCACCCACCCCGUUGCUAGUGCGUGCUUGUAUGAACUUCGCACUUGGGGUCGGCGAUGCUUCCUGCAUUGCAGCCCUCACGGCCUAAGCUUCCACAGAAGAAUCCACGAAUUGUCUCCACACAUCAACAGAAGCGUGCUACACAUGAACAGAAGCGUGCUCCACACGAGCCAUCGCGUCCUGUAGCCCCUUUGAGCCCUCAGGCGCCUACAAAUACGACGGGCACCCUAAAGCCGACAAAGCCACACAAUCAAAUACAAGCAAUGCCUCCGCUUGGGUCCCCUCAAACCCCUGGGUUGUUCCCGUCACGGAAUCUGUACGAUAGCGCAGUGCGGCAUCCGGUCUUUUUCACCGAGCAGCUGAGGAAACCGCCCUUCCCGAUACCUGAGAUGGCCAGUCAAGGUUGGAGUCCUGUUGCAAGUGGAUACAUUAUGGAGAGCAGGAAAAUAGGCGCCGGUGGGACCUUGAGGACGAAGUUGUGAAUAUCAACUCUGCGGAUGUAACGGUUUUGGGUAAUUAGGAGGGGUAGGUGAGCGCUGCCCAGUGGCAUAGGAAGCAUUCAAAGAUA